AUGGACGGUAUAAGUGUUGCCCGACUUUCGACAAACCGCAGGCCGUCUGUUGGGGCUGUUUUGCCGGCUGAAAUUACUCCUGCAGGGAAAGUUUCCACCCAGGUCCAAGUGAAAAAGCAAGCCGUGAAGAGACACCACCACAAACACAACCUGAAGCACAGGUACGAGUUCCUGGAGACCCUGGGGAAAGGAACCUAUGGCAAGGUGAAGAAAGCCAAGGAAAGGUCCGGCAGGCUGGUGGCCAUCAAGUCGAUCAGAAAGGAGAAAAUCAAGGACGAGCAAGACCUGGUUCACAUCCGCAGAGAAAUUGAGAUAAUGUCCACUCUCUGCCACCCGCACAUCAUUACCAUAUAUGAAGUAUUUGAAAACAAGGACAAAAUAGUUAUUGUGAUGGAGUACGCCAGCCGAGGGGAUCUGUACGACUACAUCUGUGACAAGAGGAGCAUCUCUGAACGGGAGGCCAGGCACUUCUUUAGACAGAUUGUAUCAGCUGUGCAUUAUUGUCAUCAGAAUGGAAUAGUGCAUCGUGACCUGAAACUGGAGAAUAUUUUACUAGAUGGCAAUGGCAAUGUGAAGAUUGCAGACUUUGGCCUGUCGAACCUUUACCGCGGCGACGAGUACCUCCAAACAUUUUGCGGCAGCCCUCUGUAUGCUUCCCCAGAGAUUGUCAAUGGACGUCCUUACCGUGGGCCAGAGGUGGACACUUGGUCUCUUGGUGUGCUGUUAUACACUAUGGUUCAUGGCACAAUGCCGUUUGAUGGACACAACCACAAGGCUUUGGUCCAACAGAUCAGCACUGGCAACUACCGCAAACCCAACAACCCAUCUGAUGCAUGUGGGCUCAUUCGUUGGAUGUUGAUGGUAAAUCCUGAGCGCAGGGCCACAAUAGAGGAGAUUGCAGGGCACUGGUGGCUCAACUGGGGCUACCAGCAGCCGUUACUGUCCGAGACAAAGAGCAGUCCAGUGGAGCAGGCCCCUUCACCAGCCUCUCCAUCACCAUCACACCCUUCUGGGCUGGCUAGUGUUGCUAGCUGGCUGCGCCGUACAUCCAGGCCUUUACUGGACAACGGCUCCAAGAUGCGUUGUCUGCUCCGCUCACAGGGUGGGGGAGGGGAUGUGGUGCGGCAGCGCUCUCUACGAAGGUCACGUAAAGAAAACAAUGUCUCCCAGGCUGUUUAUGAGUCAAGCAACGAUAGUCGUCCCUCUAAGGGUAUUUUAAAGAGACGCAACAGUGUAAAGCAGAAGGCAGUGAGUGAAAGCCCUGCUGUGGAGCCGCAAAACAUCCUGGGUCUGUCUGCACCAGCCAACGCUCCAUCAGCUGCACUGCAGCCCCGAAAAGGUAUCCUGAAGAAGUCCACGGAACAAGAGUCAGGGUACUACUCAUCAUCUCCUGAGAACAGUGACUCUGGCUGGGCACCUCGACCUAAAGAGUGCCCUUCAGCCCCGCCCUACAGGAAAGGCAUCUUAAAGCGGAAUGGAAAGUUCUCCUCAGGUUGCCUGCAGGAGUUUAGCUCUCUGGACCAGCUGGCACUGUCUUUACCACAUGGAGGAACCAGGUCUAGGCCGAGCGGGGCAGUCAGCGAGGACAGCAUUCUGUCUUCUGAGUCUUUUGAUCAGCUUGAUCUGCCUGAUCGUGUCAAACCUCCGACUCAAAUGGAUGAACCGGUCAAGACUAACAUGAGAGGAUGCGUGUCUGCUGACAAUCUACUGGACAUCUGUGAAGAUGGGAUUCUUCGGGAGGGGUUGCUGAGAACCUGGAAGUGUUAUGAGUCUGGAGUGGCUGACAGCACCUUCUCCAUCACAGACUGUGAUAAUGUCACUGAGGCCUACAAACAGGCCAUGGUCAUACGAGGCUCUGCAGCAAGUUGAAGAUCUGCCAGAAGUCAUGCUCUCUGAUUAAAGACAGAUUUUUUCAUUCUGAUUCAAAUGCAUAUGAACUACUAAUGAAGUGGUAGCCAAAGUGCAUUAUGUGAAAUUACCAGCAGACUGUUGGGACGAUUAUUUUGACUAACUUCAGGAAUGUUGAGAACCAAAAAGGGAGGAGGCAUCAUGUGAAACACCAGAUUGAGGUUUAGAUGGGGAUUUUUAUAGUUGCUUGAAUUAUCUUGUAAUUAUACUUCUAGGAAAACAGGCUUAAGUAACCAGAAUGCACAUUUUGUUUCAUGAAAAUGAUGACUGAUAGUUCAUUUCAAAGAUUCUCAGAAGAGAGCUGCUUUUUGUGAACCAGGAGCCUUUUCUCAACGCUCAGUUUCAAAAGUGUAGCAAAUGCAAAAAGUGAUCCUGAAACCAAAAACAUAAACUAAGGAGGUUAUUCAACACUCACAGUCUGACGUUUUUUCAGGUGUUGCAUAUGCAACAAAGUCAGGGUUUUUCAAUGUCAAUAAGACAGUUUGAGGAAGUGUUUAUGACUUAAGAGCUAUAGGAGCCUUGCUUUGUUAUGUUCGUUCAUUUGUCAGCCUUAUAUUUGUCUCGGGUUACAGCAAUAACGCACUACGCACAGAUUAAAUGUUGAGAUGUGUUCAAACUUCUAAUAAGGAUUUGGAAAUAUGACAUUUCAUGGAUACCAAAGAGCAAAUGUUUUUUUAAUUAAUAGCUAACAAAAGUGCUGAUAUGAAUGUUGUUUAAACUGGGACUUAAGCUCUCAACAAGUUUGUUUAUAUAAUUGUUGUGUUUGUUUUUUCUUGAGAUGACUUGUGCCAAUUUUUGAUGAUGACUUGAAUAAUAAUCCUGGCACACAUGACUCACAUCCAGCGAAACCAGUAGAGCCUGCCUUUGUUUUUGAGCAAACACUGAUACAGGUGGCCAUUCUCUCUCUGUAUGCAGGUGGCAGUUUCACUGAAAAGGUGGAGCUUGUUAUCAUAACCGCUGUUAGAAAGUCAAAAGUGGACUUUUGAAAACGGAAACGUGUUUUGAAAGGAAACCAUGACACAAAGUGAAACAAGUAUAAUAGCUGCACACAAAUGCUUAAUGUGCAUUUCAUUCAAAACUAUUUAAACACUCGGGGCAGAACAGUAUUUCACAAAGAUGGAUGAGAAGUUUUAGGAUCUAACUAAAAGUUAGUGUCGCAUGCUUGGGACUUGAAUAGUAAACUAAACUUGUACCCAUAUGUUUAAAAUGGAAAAUUAAACAUGCUGAUGAUAAUCUUAGAUUACAUUUGAAAAGAACAUAUUCACCAUUUGUUAUACUUAUGGGGUCUACUGCUUACCCCUGCUUUAUGAAGUAUGUAUGUCUGGUCCGAGAACAGAACAUCUGUAUUGAUAUUUCAUGCUGCAUAAUGGAGUUACUUAAUUGGAUUGGCAUGUUUGACAUUGAGGAAACAAGAUGAAGCCAGUGCCUUGAAUAACACAUUAUUGAAACCUGAUACCUAGAACCUUUAAUUAGCACUGAGUUUUGUCACAAGAGAUUCACCUGAGAAGAAACUGCCUAAUCGUGCUGUUGGUCAUAACUGGAAGGGUUUUUUGUCACACUUUGAAACUAUUCAUGUAUUUAAGGCCUGCAUGAGUAUACAGAGAACUGGCUUUUCCUGAUUUGAACUGGAAAUUUGUGUUGUAGUGUUAUCUGUCAUGAACCAUAAAUCAUUUGUGUCAGAGGAAAAAUGUGGUUAGCCUUUGGAUAGACUGGUCAACAUUAUAUUGGUUUCAUAUUUUUAGCAAAAUAUAAUGUGCUUUUUGGCAUUUCAUCAACAUUUUCCCUCUCUCUUAUCCUGUAAGUUUCAGGUGUUCAGGCUCUAUUAAGCUUUUUUUUUUUUUCUCUGACAGUAACUAAAACCAUGGUUGCCAAAGUUAGUGGCUUAUCAGUUGUAUGACUGUGGGAUUUGACAUGCUGUUGUGUGACUUGAAGUAAAUCAAUAUUAAAAAUGAAUGCUGUCUGAUUCUG